CAAGAUGUGACACAACGCAAAUAUCCCAUCUGGAAUCAGUUUGGUUGCCUCUUCCAGAAAGCACAGGGGACCCCACCACAAGGUUUUAUUGGAGCAGGACUGGAGCCAAUUUGUCAGCGCUUCAGAAACCAGUACCACUUUGCCACUCUGUAUCACAGAGAUCAUCGGGUCCCACUCUUCUCAGCCUACAUCCUCAAACCUGCAAAUGGCAAAAGGCCGAAUGCAACAUGGAUGUAUGAACCACAGUUGGUGUUUUCCCGUGCCAACCCUGAGAUGCAAUUUCUCCCCUAUCCACUGACGGAAAACAACAUUAUAGAGAGCCAGGCUGUGCUACAGGACUACAAAAACUCCAACUAUACCAAAGGGCACCUAAAUCCCAGCAUGCAUCAGGAGACCAAAAACAACCGAAUGGCCACUUUCACUUUGACUAAUAUAGUGCCUCAGCGGGCCGGCUCCAACUCUGGCCCAUGGAGUCAGCUGGAACUAGAAAUGUUAAAAAAAUUUAAGAGAGGUUGUAUUGGACCGAUGUAUGUUAUUACAGGGGCACUGCCUUAUAAAAAUAGUCAACGCUGGGUUAAUAACAGAGUUUUAAUCCCAGAAUACAUGUGGUCAGCCUACUGUUGUCCUUCUUACAAUAACAGUGUCUCUGAACGUGCACAUUUCCCAACAUACGCAGCAAUAGGUAGGAACGACCGCCACAGUGACCAGGAGAUUGUGCCCGUAAAUGCACAGGUGAAGCGCUCAAAGUGGGGCUACGAUGUGAGGCGCAUGUCCUUAGAGGACCUGGAGGAGGUUUUGACUCAAAGAGUAGGCACGCCAGUUCAUCUGUUUCAAGACCAGUGUCAACAGCAAGCUACAACAACCUCUACAAUAACAGCCCAAAAUGAGUUCCUUAAAAUAGUGGAGGAAAUGGCAAGUUAGAUUUGGAUCAGAACAUUUGAAAUCUGCAGCUCUCAUGGGGUGCUCUGUAUUUACAGCGGUCAGAGUAAAGUUUUAUACAAGUAUGAAUUAUUUGAGGUAGGUAGGAACAGUGUUGAACAUGCCACAAGGUAGAGAAGACUGAGCAAUAACUGAGAUAAUACUGUUCAAAUAUUGGUUCAAAUAGGAAGGUAUCUGGAAUGUAUAUUUGGCACAAUUUGUACUCGCAUGUUUGAAAUCACCUUAUAGUUUUUAUUUGUCAGUGGUAUGGUGUAUUAGUGUUCUUUCACUGUAAAAUUAGUUUAGCUUUCACUAAGCAAUGUAACUUGGUUUGAUUUUAACAACAAUAAAUCUUUUGACAUGA